UUGUGUCUGUAAAGAUCAUCUAUCUCACUGUGUCGCAUUGAUGCUUUCUUUUCUACCACUUCAUGGGCUCAUCGAUUCCUUCCCAGGAAUUUGCCUCUUCAUCAUCCAAACUCCCAUGGAUGUACGAUGUGCUCAUCAACUUUACCGGAGACAAAAUCCGUAACAAAUUUGUUUCCCAUCUAGAUUCUGCCCUUUCUAGUGUUGGAUUUACCACUUUUCUUCACCACCACAAUGCAGUGAAGCCAAUGCACAUCCAACAACAACAACCUAUUCUGGAUCUCUGUCGAGUAGCAAUUGUUGUUUUCACCAAAACCUACUCUCAAUCUGCUUGGUGUCUUUAUGAACUUCAACAAAUCAUUGAAUGGCACGAAUUUUAUUGCCGACAUGUUUUGCCCGUAUAUUACGAAAUUUCACCAUCUGAUGUACGUCUUCAGAAGGGUGAUUUUGGAAAAGCCUUCGAAGCUACUGCAUGUCAAACCUUUUCAAGACAACAACUCGAGCAUGGGAUAUCCAGGUGGAGCCACGCACUCACCAAAGCAGCAAAUUUCUUUGGAUGGGAUGAGAGCAAUUACAGGAGCGAUGCUGAACUAGUAGACAAAAUUGUUAAGACUGUUCUUAAUUUAUCAGUCUUAUCUGCUACUAAAUUUCCAGUUGGAUUACAACCCAAGGUACAAGAUCUUNUUCGAACUAUCAAANAUAAAUCCACGGAAGUUUGUACAAUAGGGAUAUGUGGAAUGGAAGGAUCUGGUAAAACCACCCUUGCCAAAGCUAUCUACCAUCAAAUUCAUGGUACAUUCACGGAGAAAAGUUUCAUUGAAGUUACUCUAGAAGGUAAAGGAAUAAGAAGUUGUGUUAGUUUACAAGAACAACUUCUUUCAGAUGUCUUAAAAACAAAGGUGAAAAUACCUGGAGAUGAGAUGGGAAGAUGUAUGAUUCGAGAAAGACUUAAUGGGAAAAGGGUGCUCAUUGUACUUGACGAUGUGAAUCAGUAUGGUCCAUUAGACCUGUGGGAAACUAGUUCAUGCUUCGGUGAAGGUACUGUAAUAAUCAUUACAACAAGAGAUGAAUACCUACUUAGGAGACAUCAAGCUGACUCUGUUUUUCGGAUAAAUCUAAUGAACGAAAACGAGUCUCUUGAGCUUCUUAGUUGGCACGCAUUUAGAGAAGCAAAACCAAAAGAAGAAUACGAUUACCUGGCAAGAAGAGUAAUUUUUCAUUGUAGAGGACUACCUCUGACUCUUGAAGUCAUUGGAGCUUAUUUAUUUGAAACGAGCAGAAAAAAAUGGGAAGUUGUAUGGUAUAAAUUAGGGAAAAUUCCGUAUGACAAUGUUCAACUGAUAUUAAAAAUAAGCAUUGAUGGUUUACGCAAUGAAAUGGAAAAAGCUUUAUUCCUUGAUGUUUGUAGAUUCUUUGUUGGUAAAAGCAAAGCUUAUGUUACGAAGAUCCUAGACGGCUGUAAAGUAGACGUUGAUAAUGGAAUAAGAGUUUUGAUAGAGCGUAACCUCAUAAAACUUAAAAGAAACAAUAAAUUUGGAAUGCAUCAUUUGCUACCAGGAAUGGCAAUGCAAAUUGUUGCUCAAGAGCAUCCAUCAUAUGCACGGGAAGAGACUGAUGUCUUUUGGAGAUUUCCUGAUAAACUGUUUUCAACCGGAAAAGAUUGCUUCAAACCUUAUCCUUUGGAGAUAAGACACAAAUCAAGAGUGCUGAAACUCGCUGGAAAUCAUGGGUACCUUCGGAAUUCUUCAGAAUUCGUAGCUUACGACUUUAAUCUGUAUGAUGAUGCAGUAUCGAUUGAUUUAAGACACAGUUUGCUUGGACACGACUGGAAAAAACUGCAGGUUUUGGCGUGGCUAAAAGUCCUGAAUCUUAGUCAUUCCAAGUACUUAACAAAAACUCCUGACUUUUCGAGACUUCCAAGUCUUGAACAACUCAUUCUCAAAGAUUGCCCUAGAUUGCGCCAAUUACACCAAUCUAUUGGAUGUCUUUGCAAUCUUACACUGCUAAAUUUGAAGGACUGCAUAUGUCUAAGCAAUCUCCCGAGAAAGAUAUAUAUGUUGAAAUCUUUAAAAACUCUCAUUCUCUCUGGUUGUUCGAAGAUUUAUCUAAUGGAAAAGGAUAUAGUCCAAAUGGAAUCCUUGAUAUCUCUAAUUUCUGAAAAUACAGCCAUUAAACAAGUGCCUUUUUCAAUUGUAAGCUCAAGAAACAUUGGAUAUAUAUCUUUACAUCGAUUUGAGGGACUGUCACGUAAUCUUUUUCAUUUUAUCAUUCGGUCUCGGAUGUCACUAACAAUCAAUCCCCUGUCUUAUAUUCAUUCGUUCAUGGAUACGGAGGAUAAUAGUUGGGAUGUUAUCGCACCAUUCUUUAGCAGCCUUGUAAAUCUUCGAAGCGUUUUGGUUCACUGUGACCCCGAGUUUCAACUAUCUCAGCAAGUGAAAACUAUUCUGGUUGAAUAUGGCGUGAAUAUUACAGAAUCAAGAAUUUCAAAGCAUUGCUUCAGGUCUUCUUUGGUUGGUGUUGGAAGAUACAAUGAAUUCUUAAGUACUGUAUUGGAAAGCAGUGAGUCAGGUGAUGUUUCUCUUCCAAGUGACAAUGAUCCUUAUUGGUUGGCCCAUAUAGGUGAGGGACAUUCUGUUUCGUUCACUGUGCCUCAAGAUCGUGUCAUGAAGGGAAUAGUUUUGUAUGUUGUUUAUUUAUCAACCCCGGGAAUCGUGACAACUGAAUGUUUUACAAGUGUCUUAAUUGUUAAUUACACAAAGUCCACACUACUUAUGCACAACCAUGGCACAGUAAUUUCCUUUAAUGAUGAAGAUUGCCAUGAUAUAAUGUCAAAUUUAGGAUCAGGAGACAAGGUGGAGAUUUUUGUGACUUUUGGUCAUAGAUUAAUGGUCAAGAACACAGCUGUCUAUUUGAUAUGUUGUGAAUCACAAGACUUGGAAAGAGAGCCUGCGCUUAACAAAAAUUCCCUCAUUACAUUCUUUAAGAAAAUUGUAAUGUGACUUCUGCCAAUUCAUAUAUCAUCUUUGAGAACAGCAGAAUCCUUUAGUUAUGGAAUUAAUCCUAGAGUCCUCGAUUUCUACUGUUUUUUUAUCCUUUGUUUUUUCUCUAGUGCAGC